AUGCUGUCACGAAUACCGUGCCACCCGCUGGACACGGUCAAGGCCAAGCUGCAGGUUGGUGCCCUUGGCGGCCUGCGGGGCGUUCUACGCCACACCCUCAGCACCGAAGGCCUGCGGGGGCUCUACCGCGGCUUUGGAGCGGCAUUUGUGGGGAGCGGACCAGCGGGGUGCCUGUACUUCACCACCUACGAGCUCGCCAAGAAGGGCCUGCUUUCGGUGGGGCCGGUGGGGCAGAGCCCCUUCCUGGCCCACUUCGGCGCGGGACUGCUCGCCGAGCUCGUCUCCUGCGCUCUCUGGGUUCCCAUCGACGUGGUCAAGGAGCGAAUGCAGCCGGACCCGCAGUCCACCGCGUUGGAGCAGGAAGAGCACCAAGCGAGGAAGCAAGCCGAACAACAACAACAACAAGAAGAAGAAGAAGAGGCCGAAAGGCAAAGGCAACAGGACGAAGAGAGGAAGCGACAGCAACAACAAGAAGAGGAAGCGGAAGCCGCACGGGUGGCCGCGGAAGAAGAGCGCAGGAGACUCGAGCAAGAGGAGGAAGAGGAAAAAAGGGCUGCCGAGGAAGCGGCGGCCGAAGAAGAGGCCCGGAGUAGACAACGUGAAGUCGAAGCCGCAGCGGCAGAAGAAGUGAAGAGGCUCGCCGCCGAGGAGCAAGCGGUACAAGAGCGAAGAAGACUUCAGGGGGAGGAAGAGCGUAGGCGGUUGGAUGAAGAGAGGAGGCAGCGCGAAGCUGAGGCAGCGGCGGCUGAAGAAGCCGCGGCGCGUGAGCAGGAACGCCUUGCGCGAGAGGAAGCGGAGAGGAGGGAGGCCGAGCAAGCGGAACGGCAAAGGCAACAGGAGGAGAAGCAGCGACGAGAACAAGAACAGGAAGAGGAAAGGCGAAGGCGCGAACGAGAACAAGAGGAGCAGGAAGCGCAAGAAGCGGCGAGACGCGAAGAGGAAGAAAGGGAGCGUCAGCUGGCGGCGGCUGCGGCUGCCGAGGAAGAGCAUAGGAAGCGAGCCGAAGAGGAGGAGAAGGCCAGAGCGGCUGCUGAGGAAGCGGCUGCGGCAGAGGAGACGAAGAGGCUCGCCGCCGAGGAGCAGCAAGCGCGCGAGUCCAGCGAGAGGCGCGCCGCCAAGAAGCGCAAGCAGACCGAUCACGCCGCGCCGCGCGCCGGCACCAUCGAGGAUAUGGACGUCGAAGCCGAGGCCCAGCAGUUUUCGCAGGAGCAAGGUCGUAUCGUCUCUGACGGCGUCGCAGAGCGAAGCGCGGAGGAGGUGCGAGCGGAGGCCUACCUCCAAGUCCAGGCGCAGAACCACGCCGACGAAGAAGGAAGCGCCUUCGCGGAUCUGUUCAAGAAGGCCGAAGCGAAGAUGGACGCCAUUCUCCGCGAGAAGGACGAUCUGAGCCGCGGCCUCGACGAGACGCGCGAGAAGGAGCGCAAGAUCGCGCAGCUGCUGGGCGACCUGAGCGCCAGCCUGGCCGCCCGCGAGCAGGAGGUCAAGCAGUGGCAGGCCCACGUCGACACGCUCAAGAGCGAGAUCAAGCGCACCGACGAGCAGUACCGCCAGCUGCUCGCCGAGGAGAAGCGCAAGCUCGAGCAGCAGCCUGGGCGCGGAUGCGUAUCGCGCAUCGAGGCCGAGAAGCAGGCCUACGAGGACGAGUGCCGCAAGCUGCGUGCUGAACUCCAGGUCUGGCAGGAGAAGAGCGACGCGCAGCUGGCGGCGGUCGCCAAGCUCGAGGCCGAGCUCGGCGUACAGAAGGAGGCGCUGCGUCAGAGCCAAAAGAACACCGACGACGAGCUCGAGGCGCUGCAGGGCCAGUUCGAAGAGAUCCUCCAGGCGGGUGAGGCCCGGCUCAAGGGCAUCGAGGAGGAGAGGGACGAGCUGCUGCGCAAGAUGAGCGGCGCCGAGGAGGAGCUCGCCCGGCUCAAGGAGCGCAUGUCGCAGCAGGGCACCGCGCGGGACAGAGAGCGCGAGAGCCAGAUCGCGGCCCUCCAGACCGAGGUCGAGUCCCUGCGGCAGCAGAACGCCAGCCUCUGCAAGGACAUCGAGCGCCUGCAGGCCGAAGGCGCCGCGUGGCGCGCGCAGGCCGACGAGGAGAAGCGAUCCAAGGAGAGGGAGUGGGAGGAGUUCAUCCAGCAGAUGGAGAGCACCAUCAAGGAGAAGGAGAGCCUCAGCAAGGAGCUCGACGCCGCCAAGGAGGAGGCCACCAAGAUGCAGGCCAUCAUCGACGAGGCGCGCAGUGCACAGGCCACGCAGCACGGCGACCGCGAGCAGGAACUGCGCAGGUAUCAGGAGGAGAAGGCCAGCAUCGCGGUCGAGCUCGCCGCCGAGCAGCAGAACGUCGAGAAGUGGAAGGCCGAAAGCGAGAAGCUCGCGCGCAAGGCCGAGGGCAGACAUGCCGAGGUGGUCGAGCUCAAGGCCAAGCUCAGCGACGAGGAGGAGCGACUCUCGGGUCUCAAGAACCGCUUCCACGCCGUCGAGGGCGAGCUCAUCCGCGUUAUCGCCGAGAAGGACGAGGCCGUGGCUCGCGCGCAGGCUGCUGAAGGCGAGCUCGUCCAGCUGCAGGCCAGCAGCGAGGCCGCCGCUGCCGAGCGCACCCAAGCCUGCCAGCAAAACGAAGCGCUGCAGAUGCAGGUCGACGAGCUUCGCCGCACCGUCGCCUUCCUCAAGGAGAAGGAGCAGGAGGCCAGCGACAGCGACAACCUGGCCACUGCCAACGAACUCGAGCGCCUGCGUCGGCUCAUCGACGAGAAGGAGCAGGACCUGGCCGACCGGCAGGUGAGCCUCGACUCGCUGCAGAGCCGGUGCGAGGGCCUCCAGCGCAAGCUCGACGAGGAAUCCGAAGCAUCUGCGCAGCUGAAGACCGACGCCGGCGCGUUGGAGAAGCGUGCCGGCGAGCUCGAGGCCGCAGCCCAGGAGGCAGAGAGCGAAGUCGCCGCGCUGCGCGAAGUCGCCGAGCGCCUCCAGGCCGAGGUCGGCCAGAUCGAACCGCUGCAGCGCACCAAGGCCGAGCUCGAGGAGGAGCGGGACGGACUCGCCGAGAAGCUCGAGUCGGCCAACGCGGAGGCGGCCCGGAACGCGGCCGAGCUGGCCACGGCGCAGGAGACCUGGGAGACCCAGCGAAGCAAGCUCCAGGCCCAGCUCGACAUGGCGACGACCGCGCUCGCCGAGCGCGAGGCCGGGUUGGCCGAGAAGGACCAACGCCUGCGCGAGGUCGAGGAGGCCCUGGCCGAGAAGGAGGCCGAGGUCGAGCGCCAGCGCAAAGAGCACGAGCAGAUCCGAAAGAAGCUCGCCGCUGAGUCCGAUACUGCGGUGGCGGCGUUGAAGAAGGAACUCAAGAAGGAGCAGACGCUGCGGGCCAAGCUCGAGGCCAACGCCGCCGCUGCUGCGGCUGCGGAGGAAGAGAAGAAGGCGAGCGAAGCCGCGGCCAAGCAGCAACCCGAAGAGGAAGACGCGGAGGAGGAGGAGACGCCCUCGCAGAAGGCCCGCGGCGGAAGAAAGAAGCGCGGCGCAGCCGCUGAUCCCGAGCCGGAGGCCAAGAAGACGAAGAAGAGGGGCGCGCAGCAGCAACAGGAGGAAGAGCCCGAACAGACCAGCCGGGCCUCCGCGUCCCAAGAGGCCAAGAAGGGCUCGCAAGAGACCAAGAGAUUGGCCAAGAAGCGAAAGAAGGAGCAGGACGCCGAAGCUGCGGCGAAGGAACAGGCCGAGAAGGAGGCGCAGCAGGAGGCCGCUGUCCAACAGGCAGCCGCGUCGCCUGCCCCGCGAACCAAGCCGCCCUCCAAGCUCAUGAGCUUGCGAAGCGCCAAGGCCAAGAGCAAAGUCAUGUAG